AGAGCUGCUUACUGCAUCUAUCUUAGCCUCUUUUCAUGACCAACCCUAUCUCUUUCCCUCUCCAUGAGAGGAUUCCUCGUAAGAACACUCUACCAAGAGCACUGACUCUGCUCAUCCUCUUCCUCCUCUUCUCUCUCCUCUUUUACAGGGUCCUGCACCUUCACAGCCAUGGAACCGUUUGGUGCCUUGCCUUCCUUUGUGAGUCAUGGUUCACCUUAAUUUGGGUCUUGAUCACAAACGCUAGAUGGAACCCCAUUGAUCAGAAAACGUAUCCAGAUCGACUUUUAGACAGGUUCCAAGACCUUCCUCCGGUAGACAUGUUUGUCACUACGGCGGACCCUUUGUUGGAACCUCCGAUCCUGACUGUAAACACCGUUCUCUCAUUGUUGGCUGUCGACUACCCGUCUCACAAGCUGGCUUGCUAUGUGUCGGACGAUGGGGCGUCACCGAUCACUUUCUAUUCAUUGAUUGAAGCUUGCGAGUUCGCCAAGCUGUGGGUUCCCUUCUGCAAGAAAUAUGGUGUUCGAGUUCGAGCUCCUUUCAUGUAUUUCUCGACCGAACCUGAAAUGCCAACCGGGCAUUCUUCGGAUGAUUUUGUUCGUCAAUGGAAAGAGAUGCAGGACCAAUAUGAGGAACUUGACCGGAAAAUUACAGAGGCAGUCCAAAAAUCGUCGGCUCCUGAUCAUUUAAUGGACCAUUUUGAAAAUUUCUCUAAUAUUAAACGUCAAAACCAUCCGAGCAUAGUUAAGGUGAUAUGGGAGAAUAAAGAAAAGAUACCAAAUGGGAUUCCUCAUCUUGUUUAUGUGGCCAGAGAGAAGAGGCCAAAGCAACCUCAUCACUUCAAAGCUGGAGCUAUGAACGUUCUGACAAGGGUCUCAGGAGUGAUGACGAAUGCGCCUUUCAUGUUGAAUGUCGACUGCGACAUGUUUGUGAAUAAUCCAAAGGCUGUCCUUCAUGCAAUGUGCUUUUUUCUGGGCCAUCAUAAAGAAAUAGAAAGUGGGUUCGUGCAAUUUCCACAGGUGUUCUACGGCGGCAUCAAAGACGACCCUUUUGGAAAUCAGAUGGUCGUCCCACAAGAGUGUGUACUUCGAGGAAUAGCAGGAAUUCAAGGGCCCAUGUAUUCCGGGACAGGAUGCUUCCACAGAAGAAAAGUUAUAUAUGGGCAGCUGCCAAAUUGUGAAGCAACCAAAAGUUCAAUUUUCAAUUCAAUAAAUGGUAAAUUACACAAAAAUGCAUUGGAUAAAGGAUUUGGCCACACAACGAAAUUCUUGGAAUCCGUUGCUCGGACAGUGUCCGAAAAAUAUGAAGAAUCAUCUAGACCGUCGGAUUUUUCGACCACUCUUGAGGCAGCCAAGGAGGUUGCAGAUUGUCAAUAUGAGUUCAACACAAGCUGGGGUAAAGAGGUUGGUUGGGUGUACGGAUCUGCGACCGAGGACGUGCUCACAGGGCUGAAGAUCCACUCUAUGGGCUGGCAUUCGGUCUAUUGUUCGCCCGAGGUGCCAGCGUUCCUUGGGUCCGCACCCAUGGGUGGGCCCGCUACCCUCUCGCAGCUGAAACGGUGGGUUACAGGUCUUUUUGAAAUCCUCGUUGGCGAACACAGCCCCUUGCUAGCUACCUUCUCCAAAAAUCUCAGCUUCCGACAAUCCCUGGGGUACGUUUUGGUCAACGUGUGGGCCCUGCGCUCCAUUCCGGAGGUGUGCUACGCUGCGCUGCCUGCAUUUUGUCUCCUCACCAACACGUCCUUCUUGCCCAAGGUAUCUGAUCCCUGGAUGAUCAUCGCCGCUACGCUUUUCAUCUUGCACAACCUCCAUGGUCUGAUGGAAUAUCUUCAAUGCGGGCUAUCCUUCCGCACAUGGUGGAACAAUCAGAGAAUGUCGAAGAUAACAUCGGCGACUGCGUGUUUGUUUGGAGUUUUGGGUGUCAUACUGAAGCUUCUCGGCUUAUCGGAGACGAUGUUCGAAGUUACACGUAAAGAUCAAAGUGCUACAGAUAGUAGCACUGAUGUGGAUGCUGGACGAUUCACCUUCGACUCCUCACCCAUCUUCGUGCCUGCGACGGCCAUUGUGUUAGUGCAUAUGACUGCACUUGUGGUGGGCCUGUUGGGGGUGUGGCUACCGGUCUUUGGUGGGCCACCGGGGCUGGGAGAGAUGGUGUGUAGUACAUGGGUGGUGCUCAGCUUCUUUCCCUUUGUGAAAGGGCUCUUUGCCAAGGGAGGUUAUGGGAUCCCCUGGCCCACCAUCUGCAAAGCUGCAGCAUUGGCUUUCCUUUUCCUGAACUUCUGUAACAGAUUUAGAUCCUCUCAGUAAUUAAGAGGCUCCUCUGCAGGUCCUUGGUAGAAUUAGUGAUUCACUGCCUUUUCAUCUAUCCAUGUUCUCUAUAUUCUAAAAAAUAGAUAUAUUAAUUUAACAUCAUAGAAAAUAAUUGUUAACUU